CUCGAUUCGUGGUGGGGCGCCGGACCUUCACCCGCCAAAGCCAGUGCAGCGUCACAAACACGCCCUCAUCAUCGUCCACCAUCCGCCCUCACAGUGCCUCUCACCCGCCCGACCGUCCACCCGCGGAGGUCUCACCAAUGCGAGCACCCCGGUUCCAGCUGCAAGUUGCGCCAUCGGCCAGAUUCAUCGACGGCCCGCGCAAUGUCGGCCCCGGGGCCACAGGUCUUGACCCGUAGGUCCAACGGCGUCCCUCAGCCUGCCGAAGGCAAAGUAUUUCCCCCGCCGCUGCCCCUGUCAUUCGCGGCACCUGCUAAUACGCUGCAGGGCAAGGCAUCAUCAGCCGAGGCCGUAGGCAUCAGGCCGUCCAGGGCCAAGGGCUCUGGAGACAGAAAUACCGACGCGACCAAGAACUCAAGCGGGACGGAGCCCCCAAGGCGCUCAAAGCCUAGGGUUCAUGAUGAAGGCGAGAAACUUGUCAUCCGACGUUUGCCACCCGGCAUGACCAUGGCCGAGUGUGUUGCCAUCCUAGGCCCUGACUGGGAGCUCAACAAGGGCAAGGUCGACUGGCUGUCGUACAACCCCGGCAAAGUCUCAACAGAUCCUUCCAAGCCGUCACGCCCCAGCCGUGCAUACCUCCAUCUGACACGCAAAGACGACAUCAUGGCCCUUGGCCAAGUCGUUCGAUCUGCAACGUGGGAAGACGCCAAGGCGACUUUUACUAAUCCUUCACUCGUCGGCCCUCCUUCUCUUGAGUUUUCCCCGUACAAGAAGAUCCCAAGCAACAAGCGGCGCACAGACCCCCGUCAGGGAACCAUCGAUCAGGAUCAGGAGUUCAUGAUCUUUCUCGAGGGCCUCGCGAAUCCUGUCCCGCUUCGCGAGAGUAUCGACAUCGAGGACGCUGACGAGGCCAAGGAGGAAGCCAAGGUCACGACCACCCCCUUGGUCGAGUAUCUCAAGGAGAAGAAAGCGAACAAGAGCAAGGACUCUGGAAAAAAUGCCAAGUCUUCCAAGAAGACCAGCUCCAAGGAUGAUGAUUCCAAGAAGAGAUCCAAAGAUUCCAAGGCCGACAAGUCCGAAAAGGCUCCCAAGGAAACCGUCAGGAUCCUAAGCAAGAAGGCGGCCACGGAACAAGCUGCCGAUGCGGCCAAGAACGUGGCCAGCCAAAUUUCUGCUGCUGGUUCCUCAGAUGCCCCGAAGAGUCGCCGCGCUGGCAUCGCCGCUGCCGCGAGGAUCCUGCAACGAGACCUGGGCCUGAGUCCCGGCAGCGCCCACCGCCGCGCUAGACACGACGCCGCUAAAGCCGAAGCCGAUGCGAAGGCGCCAUCGGCCAAGGACAGUCCGACUACUUCCGCGAGCGACGCUGCUCAAGCGGCCCAAGACUCGACUGUACAACCACCGAGAAGUCGACCCGACAGCCCGGUGGCCGCGAAGGCCUCGCAACCGUCUGGACGCAGAGCUCGCGGCGGCAAGGGCGCCGAGAAAGGCAAGGCGGCCGAGGCUUCUUCACCCUCAACCUCACUGCCGGCGACCACGGCCGCGCCAGUUAUUUUGAAGAAGAAGGUGGAGGCCGAGAUAGCGACACCGGCUACUGAUGGCCAGACGGCAACACCUCAGACACCAAAUGGCAAGUCGACAGCCGCGUCCUCCACCAACACCAAGGCCGCGAACAGCAAGGCGGCGGCCCCGCAGAAGAAGUCGUCAGGCGUGUCCCCCGGGGCAACACGCGCGUUCGUAAAGCACGCCAGCGCGUCCCAGGGCGUCACCGAAGCCAUGCUCAGGCAAGCCCUCGAAGUUUUUGGCGCCGUCACAUCUGUCGACAUGGACAAGCGCAAGGGCUUCGCCUACGUGGAUUUUGCGGAGCACGGGGGUCUCGUCAAGGCCGUGGCCGCGAGCCCCGUGCAGGUCGCUCAGACGUCAAUCCAGAUCCUCGAACGCAAGGAGAAGAAGCCAGCUACCACCGCCUCUGUCAAUGCCUCAACGGGAUCCACGAAUGCAGAGAAGGGCUCUGGACGAGGUCGUCGAGGCAGAGGCGGCGGCGGCGGCGGUAACAAGUCAGGCGGACAGGGCAACGCCCAGUCUACCCCUGCUGUUGCUCCUCCAGCUGCCAGUGCCGGUGGCUGAUUAAUCCUGCGGGAGAUGCAGUGCCAUGGCAUUAUUUUAGCGAACCCCAGAAGGAUCCGAUUCAAUGGUAUCGGGACUAUCGGCCGCUUCACGCAGGCCGCCCUGCCUUGUGCAGCAGGCAAUUAUCGACUCGAAUGGCCCGCGCAAGGGCUCGUGAAAUGCCACUGUCCAGAAGAUACCCGCGGAGCAUCUCAAUGGAUGACGAUAAAGAGACAAAGAAGACACUGCCGAUAUACACAGCCCCUGUGCCAUGAGCUGGCAGCUGAUGACGAGCUGUCUUGUCAUCGAAAUGCAAGAUAUGGAGAGGCCGACGGAACGAUGCAAGGGAGUGGGCAGCCACAGAUGGAUGAAGCGGGAAAUGGGAGGAAACCUCAGCUGCAACUACAUACUGGAUGCUUGCCUCUGGGCGAGCUGCAGAAUGCGCCUUAGGAAUGCGCAGUCGUAUCGCCGCAGGGCGUGCCUUGUGUACGCGACAUGCUCAUUCACGAUAGUGCAGACAUGAUUUUCGAAAGUCAUGCAUACUGAAUAUGAUUGCCCCGUGCCA